AUGCUUAUAGAUGAUGAUGAUGAUGCUACAUCGCCAUAUGGCAACUUACAUCUAGAAGAAAUAUCUAUUCCUUCAGAUGAUAAAAAUGAUAAUGAAGAAAGUCAUUCAUCAAAACUUGAUAGUGACGAUAUUAAUAUCGCUGAAUCCUCUCCAUCAAUAUCAUUUAAUCCAUUUAACAUCAGCAGUACUGAGGAGGAUUAUGAUGAUGAUGCUAAUGAACUCUAUAGUUCACAUGAACUAAGAACAACUUCAACAGCAAUAUCGCCAUUUCUAUGUGAUCCUUAUGAGUCAUAUGAUUGGGAAUCUUGA